UGAGAGUAAAUAUCCGGGCACAUGCAUGUUCUCUCUGACUCGUCGGGGUUAACAGUGAGUGAAACUCACUCGCUCACUCUGUCUGACUCACUCCCUCGAGUCGAGUCGCAUUCCUGUGAUCCGCACCGGGAGCAGCCGCUCGCAUACCUGUCAUAUUCUGCAGCAAAACCGCACUUCCGUGACUCGUGCUGGUCGGGUGACCGAAAAUAAUGCGACAGAACCCGGCUGAUAUCGACGUUUUUGGACUUUUCGAUGAAGACAAAAAGUUUUUCUUAGACUCCAGCUCCAGUUCACCUGAGAGAGAGAUGGAUCGUGUUUCCCCCCGACACUCACAGACCGUGUAAACUCCCGGAACAGGUGUGACAGCGAAUGCAGGGAAGAUGGGGGGCUGCUGGAGAUGGUGCUACCAAACCUGCACCUGUUGUCUGAGUGAGGAGGAACGGAAAUCGAUUGCUAUAGACAAGGAAAUCCGGAGAAUUCUCGCUGAACAGAAGAAGAGAGAGCGCAGAGAAAUAAAAGUGCUCCUAUUGGGCACGGGAGAGAGUGGGAAAACUACGUUUAUCAAGCAGAUGAGGAUCAUCCAUGGGAAGGGAUUCUCUGAGGAUGACAGACGCGCCUUCACCAAACUGGUUUUUCAGAACAUCUUCACAGCAAUUAAGGCGAUGACAGUGGCCAUGUCAGCUCUCAGGAUUCCCUACACCAACCAACAGAAUGAGGUAUACGCCCAACUGAUUCAAGCUGUAGAUAUCCAUCAGGUGAGCCAACUAGAGCAAGGCUAUGUGGAUGCUAUUCAGUGCCUGUGGGCAGACACUGGACUUAAAAUCUGCUACAGUCGCAGGCGAGAGUACCAACUACUGGAUUCCACUGAAUACUUCAUGACGAACCUGGAGCGUAUCGCGGCCCAUGACUACAUCCCCACUGCUCAGGAUGUGUUGCGGGUGCGUUUUCCAACCACUGGCAUCAAUGACUACUCCUUUGUAGUUGAGAAGAUCACACUCAGGAUUGUAGAUGUUGGGGGACAGAAAUCAGAGAGGAGGAAAUGGAUCCACUGCUUCGAGAAUGUGACGUCGCUCAUCUUCUUGGCUUCACUUAGUGAAUACGAUCAGGUCCUGGAGGAGAACAACAGAGAUAACCGUAUGCAAGAGAGUCUGACACUUUUCUACACUACCAUCCACUCACCCUGGUUCGCCAAUUCCUCUAUCAUCCUCUUUCUCAAUAAAAUGGACAUCCUAGCUGAGAAGAUCAAAAUGUCCGACCUGCAGAACUACUUCCACGGGUUCCAAGGCAAGAAACGGGAUCCUGAUGCAGCCAUGGAGUUCAUCCGUGAGAUGUACAAGCAGCAGGCACAGAACCCUGAGAAGAAGGAAAACAAGACCAUUUACCCGCACUUCACCUGUGCCACCGACACCAGCAACAUCCGCAAGGUGUUCAACGAUGUGAAAGACACAGUGCUCAUCAAGUCUCUGCAGGAAUAUGGUGUGCUGUGACCAGGCCAUGUCAUGACUGCUGCUGAAAAUUGUGGAUAAACCCACCUCCCCAUUCACGUUUUUCCAGCGUCAUUUGUCAGACAGUUUAUUUGCCUGAUUGUUUUGGGUGGUGGACAUGGUACAGACAUCUCCAGACAUUGCAAUAAUGGAAUGGGCCAAAGCUUGGCUGAAGAAAUCAUUUUGGUCUUUCAGCCAUGCAACGAUGAGGACAGAUAUUUGUGGGGGGGGUUCUCUUCCUGCUUGUAUGCAAGACAAUAAUUCUUUGGUGAAAAUGAAAAUACCCUGCACUUUGAUUUCGAAUGCUGCAGUGUCUGCUGGAGGGACUACAUUUCACUGUACACACAGAGUGAUCCACAUCACUCUCUGAAAAUGAUGCUGUAUAUUUGAUCAGCUUUAUUUCUGGGGUUACAUGGUUUGUUGGUGUCGCAGUUAUAUCGGAACACACUGUUUGACUUCAGCAUCUUUACAGUCAAAUAAAAGAGACUGCAGACUGUAAAGGCUUCACUUCUUCCUCUGGGACUAGAUCUUAUGUCCUUAUCUAGAGGGACACUUCUUUUUAUCAUUUUCGUGCUUUUUUCAUUCUGUAUUUGUUUUGUUUUUUUGCUCAGUAUACUCUUUUUACUGACAGUAUAGUUGCUCUCUGUAUAAUUUAUAUUUAUCAUAUGGUCUUAGUAUUGUGCCCAGCAAAUGUUAUAAAUGUAGGCACUUAUAAUCAUGUGUAACAUGUAGGGUGAGCUGAAAUAGUAUUUUUAAGCAACUGAAGAUAAAAUAUCUCAAAGAAAUGAAGGACAACCUGAUGUGUUAUCUGUGCUCAACUUUGAACCUAUGAAUGAUUUGUCCAGUACACUGGGAAUACAUGUUUAACUGGUUUUCUAUGUUAUAAAGGAAUGAAAUAGUUUCUUGGCUGCUCAGUGAACAUACUCACUGUUCACUUUAUUAGAAAUGCCUGCACACUUAUGCAUAUCUAAUCAGCCAAUCAUGUGGCAGUAACACAAUGCAUGAAAUCAUGCAGAUACAGUUCAGAAGCUUCAGGUAAUGUUCAUGUCAAACAUCAGAAUGUGGGAAAAAAAAAAAGGUGAUUUCUGUGAUUGUAACUGUGGCAUGGUUGUUGGUGCCAGAUAGGCUGGUUUGAGUAUUUCAGAAACUGCUGAUCUGCAAAUUUCAUACACGGCAGCCUCUAGAGCUUACACAGAAUGGUGCAAAAAACAAACAAACAAACAUACAAACAAAAAAUCCUAUGAGCGGAGGGUUUUCAGGCUGAAACACCUUGCUGAUGAGGGAGAGGUCAGAGGAGGAUGAUCAGACUGGCCUGAGCUGACAGGAAGUCUAUAAUCACACUUUAAAACCGUGGCGAGCAGAAAAGCAUGUCAGAAUGCACAACACACCAAACCUUGAAGUGGAUGGGCUACAACAACAGAAGGUCAUUGUUUCAUGCAUGCUGAGAUGCUUUUCUGUUUACUAUGGUUGUAAAGAGUAAUUAUUUGAGUUACUAUAUUCUUCCUGGCAGGAAUACAUCCUGAAUGAGACAUCAUCACAGGUCACUAUAUGCACACUAAUUAAAGGAAAUUACCACUGAAAACUAACCAAAUUCUAGUCACCAUAUCAGUUCUAGGGCAGUGUUUCGUAAUGUUUUUAUGUGUC